GGGAGGGGGAGGGGGAGGGCGGGCAGGAGAGGGGAGGGGAGGGGAGGGGACGAGGGGAGAGCCGUGGAAGCGGCGCACAGGCAGGGCGAGGCGGGCGCGCAACAGCCGGCUCCUCUUCCGAUGGCGACAGUCACCCCGGGGUGACGCGCGGCGACCCCCGGGCUUUAUGGGGCGCCCGGGGUCCUGUGGGGCUUUUGCAUCUGGGGGGUCGCUCCGGGGGACGCCGGCGUCCUAAAGACACUCUGCGGAGACGGGCCGACAUGCGCGGCGCGCUGGUGUUGCGCGCCUGGCUGGCGGCGGCGGCCUACCUGGCCGGGCCGGCGGCGGGCUGCCCGGAGCCGUGCGCCUGCGUGGACAAGUACGCGCAGCAGUUCGCCGACUGCGCCUACAAGGACCUGGAAGCGGUGCCGGCGGGGCUGCCAUCCAACGUGACCACGCUGAGCCUGUCGGCCAACAAGAUCGCCGCCCUGCGCCGGGGCUCCUUCGUGGAGGUGACGCAGGUGACCUCCCUGUGGCUGGCCCACAACCGGAUCGGGGCCAUCGAGGAGGGCACGCUGGCCAUCCUGGCGCAGCUGAAGAACCUGGACGUCAGCCACAACCAGAUCGCCGCCUUCCCCUGGGGCGACCUGCGCAACCUGAGCGCCCUGCAGCUGCUCAAGAUGAACAACAACCGCAUGGCCCACCUGCCCGGCGGCGCCUUCCACACCUUGCGCGACCUGCGCUCCCUGCGCGUCAACAACAACCAGUUCCGCGCCGUGCCGGAGGGCACCUUCGACCCGCUCACCUCCCUCUCGCACCUGCAGAUCUACAACAACCCCUUCGACUGCACCUGCCAGGUGAUGUGGCUCAAGAACUGGACCGAGAACACCCUCAUCUCCAUCCCGGAGCGGGACUCCAUCCGCUGCGCCUCGCCGGAGAAGUUGCAGGGAGUCCCGCUGGCGCGCAUCCCCUACCUGCAGUGCGCGGCCCCCACCGUCCAGCUCACCUAUCACCCCAACCUGGACCGCACGCCGCUCUACUACGGCUUCACCUUGGCCCUGCACUGCGCGGCGGCAGGUGUCCCCCAGCCGGAGGUCACCUGGAGGAUCCAGACGGCGGGCGACGCCGUGGAGGUGCGCGGCUCCGCCACGGAAGCGCAGCGCGGCAACCACCUGCCGGAGCAAGACCGGUUCCGCGCCUUCGCCAACGGCACCUUGCUGAUCCCGCAGCUCAGCAAGAAAGAGGAAGGCACCUACACCUGCCUGGCCGCCAACGAGGUGGGUCGCAACCAGACCUCGGUCAACGUGGCCGUGGCCGACCCCCAGAAGGACCCCGGCGGCCCCCUGGGCGACCCCCAAGCGCAGCCCGGCGGGAAGAAGUCGGCGGAAGGCAAGGCGUCCAAGAACAGCGUCAUGAAGCCCGAGGAGGUGGGUAAGGGGGUCCAGGUGAGGGCCACCCCCAGGACCUCCCCCGGGGCCGGCCCCCGGAACGCCAGCGCCGCGGAGGGCCGCCCCUUCGAGCCGCCCCACUUCGAGAAGAAGUGCGGCUCGGCCGAGGCCGCCAGCCGCUACGUCUCCAACCACGCCUUCAACCAGAGCGCGGACCUCAAGCCCCACCGCUUCGACCUGGGCGUCAUCGCCCUGGACGUGUCGGAGCGCGAGGCCAAGGUGCAGAUCACACCUGUGUACGGCCAGCCGGAGAAGCCCCCCUUGAGGAUGCUCUACCUGUGCCAGGAGCGGCGCCGCGGCCACGCCCUGGUCCAGUGGUCCCAGAUCGAGGAGGGCGUCAACGCCUACCGGUUCCAGGGCCUCAGCCCCGGCACCAACUACUCGGUGUGCCUCACCUACGCCGGCGAGGAGUGCCAGGUGCAGGUGGUCUUCACCACCAAGCAAGAGGUGCCCUCGCUGGUCAUCAUCGUGGUGGUCAGCGUCUUCCUGCUGGGCCUGGCCACCGUGCCCCUGGUGGGGGCCACCUGCUGCCACCUGCUCUCCAAGUACCAGGGCAAGACCUACAAGCUCAUCAUGAAGGCGCAGAACCCGGACCAGAUGGAGAAGCACAUGGCGGCCGACUUCGACCCCCGCGCCUCCUACCUGGAGUCCGAGCGGAACGAGGAGGAGCCCAGCGAGGUGGGAGAAGGGGAAGGCGAGGAGGAGGAGGAGGAGGAAGGGGAGGAGGGGAAGGGCGGGGGGCGGCUGGAGAGGGAGGAGAGCGCCGGCGCGGGGUCCCUGCCCCGCUCGCACUCCAAAACCAACCCGGAGGAGUUCGAAGUGCGCUCCGAGUACAGCGACCGGCUGCCCCUCGGGGCCGAAGCGGUGACCAUAUCCGAGGAGAUCAAUGGCAACUACAAGCAGCCGGCUCGCUGAGGCCUUCCCUCCGGCCACCCCCUCCGGCCCCCACUUAGGGGACAGGGACAGAAACAUCAGAAAGGCUGGGGGGCCCCCCUGGCUGGCCCGUGGGCAACGGCUCUUCCGAAGGGCUUUUUCCAGAGGGGAAGAGGCGACGCCUCCAAGGGGGACACUGAAUGUCCGGCCAGCGCUGGGUUUUGUUGGGGGAUUUUUUUUGAGGGGGGGUCGGCUACUUCUGCCCCGGCAGGGGGCCACGGAACGGAUCUCUUUUCCAACCGGGAGACAUUCUCUUUUUCAAAUAUUAAAAUAUUGAAAUAUUUAAAAAAAUGCUUUUUUUUUUUAAAUUAACAAAGAGAGCAGCAGUGGCGUAGUGGUGAAGAGCAGGGGGGCACUCUAAUCUGGAGGAACC